AUGUGGUGCAGCCGUGUCCAGUGCACCCUCGUCCUCUUGUCCAUCGCCCUGGCAGUGCUGAGUGCCGGCUCGGCCCCCACAGACAACAGGUUUCGCGAAAUCCUCCAGAAAUCCAUGGCAGCCACAGGGAUCCGGGGCAAAGGGGAGUUGACCCUCGUCCAGCUGCUGUCGGAGCUGGGAAACGCUGAGAACGAAGCGCUGGAAGCAGAAAUGUCGCCAAUGGGCGAGCGGAGAGCAGCGCGGGAUGGUUACGGAAGUUCUUUGAAGGCCAACAGAGACCGGAAAGCCGGCUGCAAGAACUUCUUCUGGAAAACCUUCACAGCCUGUUAA